AUGUUUUCACGCAGGAAAAGCUCAAAUAGAACAUAUUCACUUACGCCUUCAGCGUACACCCCAGCGGCCCCCUUUGACCCGCCAAAAGUCAAUCCUACAGCCCUCGCAGCUGCUGCUUCAGUUGCUCAAAACCGGUGUAAUUCAAUUUCUUCUGACCUUUCAAGUGCAGCUGCUGCUGCUGCAAUUCGCAGACAUUCAUUUACAAAUGAUUCUCAAGCUGCUCUAAACAAACUUAACGCGUCAUCUCAUACACCCCAAAACCCAGGGUACCGUAUGGGCGCUUCUCGUUCACCUUCUCACCAAAGACCAGUCUCUACCCUCCGUCAAAAUACUCAGAGGUCCCACUCUGCAAGACCACAAAGCCACGUACCUCCAAAGUCUACUCCUAUCCAUACUCAAACAACUCCUCCUGCUUAUACUCAACAAAAAAUGACUCGCACAAUGUCCCUCCAAGGAUCUUCGCGUAUCCCUAAUCCUUACCCCCCUCCAACAACAACGACCUCAAAGCGUGUCGUCAACCCAGACCGUACAAUGUCUCUUACAACAACAACGGUCAGGACUUAUGGCUCCUUUCAGCUUAUAUCUACUAAAACAACCCCAAUUCAUGCCCCUCCUCCUUCUAAAAAGAAGGCCGCUGCCACACCUAAAAAGAAACCCCUUAAAAAACCACAGGCCCCAGCAUAUGCCUCCUCUAUGCAGUCUAUUGAGUCUGAUCUCGAUUCGGUUUUGGAAGAAGACGACUCAUUUUAUAAUGACAAUGUCCCAGGAAUGCCCCCAGCUAUCUAUAUCUCGGAUGAUAAUACUUCGUCUACUCUAGCCUCUAGACCAAAGUCUGUCUCCACACCAACAAAGCACCACCGUAUAUCCUUCUCUCCAGUCCCAUCAGAUGAAGGCCAUCACCAGCCUCCACCUCGCUCAGUAUCCCCAAUAAAGCCGUCUUUAAAACCUGACCAUCAUUCACGAGACGCUUCAGUUUCUUCAAACAUUGAUGAGCCUACUACAAACUCUGUUUAUCUGGCCCCUAACUCCAAUUCGGCUCGUCGCCAGUCACGCGUCUCCUUUUCUUCUUCUGAUGCGGUUAACGAGUAUAAUGCUCACCACCCUCCAAGUGCUCCUCCUGCUUCAAAAUACUCUUAUGAGAUUAUUGUACCUCCCACUGGUGGACCCUCAAUUGUUACCUCUACUACUACACUCUCUAAAAAGACACCCGCUGCAUCUGCUGCUGCAGUUUCUGCUGCGUCUAAAACCCAAAACAAGACUGUUAAUAAUACUUCCAGGCUUACUCGCAGACACUCAGUUCAAGCUGCUGCUGCUGCAGCCAUUAAAACUUCUACCUCUAAAACUUCUAGCCCUGUUAUUGCGGCCACUCCUGCUCCUAGAACACGAGCCCCAGCUGCUCGAUCAAAAGCUUUGGCUAAACAAGUUUAUGACGAUGACGAUGACGAAGACUCAUCUUCUGGACAUUCCAUUUAUUCAGACGCUUCUGAUUACCCCCUGAGCGAAUUGUCACCCCCUCAAAUCCCCUCGCCAAAACAAUCCCAGCAGUCGCCAACCAAACCUGUCACCGUUGCUGCCGCAAACUUUGCUUCUCAAAAACACCAACCAAAACCAAGCGUUUCUGGACCCACUGUGGAAGCUGCUGCUGCUGCUCGCUCUUCAUCCAUUCGCAAUUCUAAUGGUAUGGCUGUACCACCAUCACCCAUCUCUAAUUCUUUCCAUCAUCAGCAGUUACAGCAACAUCAACAACAACAGCAAGGAGGGCCAAAUGGCGUUGCCCGGCGCACCUCUCUGCGGAAAAAUUCUAAACCCGCGGCACAACACUCUCCCGCCCCUGCCCCCAUUCCAGCGGCAGCCUCUGCUGCAUCGGCAGCUGCUAUUGUGUUACCGUCACCCUCCAUUUCCCACUCGUACCGUGCUCUUGUAUCUGACAAUGACGAGGUGUCCUAUGCGGCUGUUGUGAUGCCUAUCACAAAUCCUACAGUCACUACUCCUAUUAUUCCUACUAUUCCUCCUACUACAACUGUUGUCCCUACCACUACCACCACUCCUGCCGUACCUUCUAUGCAAAAGCUCCACGGCAAAUAUGACCAUGAAGAAGGUGUUUAUGAUCCAUACCUUGACGAAAAUCAACCAGAUGAACAAAGUAACUAUAGCGAAGAUGAAAGCGAGGUCGCGGCCCAAGACGUGGAUGAUGUUAUUUCCAUGAGUUCAGACUCUUCUUGGAUUCGCGACUGCAGUCGUCCUGCUCAGCAACAUUUGUCGUUUAAAAACACUCUUCGCAAUAAUCAUGUCAGCGAUGUCGAUAAUUUGGGUGUAAUUCGUAAAAACCCAACCAGCCACAUUUCUUCCAUUGCACCGCCUAAAAAGCCUGUGGCUAAUAACCAGCAACAAAAGACUUGGGAGCGUGUCAAUCCACCUUCAUACAAUCCCCAGUUUUUUGAAUCCACCCGUCAUAAGCCUCAGGGCGAGUAUGUUGGACUUGAAAGAACUCUUUCCAAUUCAAGUUUUGAUAAGGAGCGCCGAAAGAAAAAGGCCUCAUCUAAGUUUGCAUUCCACUCGUUGCGUGAUGCGCGCGACUCCUCAAUGCCUCCUCAACAACCUUUGCUUCCUCCUGCACAACUCAAUGGCCGUUCCAUGUCAUUAACGGCAACCACCUCUCGUUCAUCGUUUGCAGCUGCUGACGGACCCCCACUGGCCCAACCCUUUAAGUCAAGACUCAAGGAUGACAGCGAUAGCGAUUACGAAGGUGUCAUUAAUGACACUCUAAAAAAUGCCAAGGUUAGCAAGCCACGAAGAUCGAGUUUUGGAGGCGGGCCUAGAGCAGCUGCUGUGAAUUCCACUCCUGCACCUGCACCUGCUCCUACCCAUGCUCUUGCACCGGUAGCCAGCCCCCCCUCUCCACAAAAACCACACGGAUUUCUCUCUACCUUGCGCAAGGACAAUUCUCACUCGGUUAACCACCAACCUCCAGUGGCACCUAUUUACGAUCUCCAGAAACAGUUGACCCCUCCACAUAGCUUUUUACCCGCUACAAAGUCGCGCUCGCCUUCGUCACCUUCAGCACUUGCCGACGUUCCCGAGGAAGAAGUGAUUCCAGGCCCGCGUAAACAAACGAAGCUUGGCGCUUUGUUUGCCAAACGCCAGCAUAUUGUUGACAUGCAGAACCAGCGUUACCAAGAACGCAAGACUCACCGUUCUCAUAGUAUGACGAGUGCGUCGAUGCGUCCCGUGUUUGAAGAAGCACCCCCAAUGCCCGAGUAUGUUGUAUCCGAUCCUGUGGUGACUGCUCCUACUUUGCGUAAUAACGCCCCGCAAAAUAACGUUGCUCCCACAAGUCUCGAGGCACCCCCCGUGCCCCAGACGCCUGCUGAGAAUGGAUCGGCAGUGCCCACAACACCUAAAAAGAAGAAGUUUGCUGGACUCCGUAAAGCGUUUGGCUUAAACAAGUAA